AUGACUAAUGAAGCAUCGUCCUCUUCACCAAAUAAUCGCAAAAGAACAAAAACCAACUCAGAAGCAAGCAGACAAUACAGACAAAAACUGAAAAUCGAGAAAUCCAACUUAAAAGAAACGUUAAAACAAAAAGAUGAAGAAGACAAAGAAACAAAAGCCGAAUUAAACAACUGCAAGCAAGUGUUAAAAUUCAAAGAAAUCGAAAUCAACAAACUAAACGAGGCAAUCGUAAAUCUAAAAGAAGAAAACAAAAAUCUAAAACAAACCCUUACUUUCAAGGACAAGGAAAUUAAAGAAAGUCAUGAAAAAGAAAUUUUGUCAAAGAAUGAAACCAUAUCUAUUCUUGUUUCUAAGAAUGAAGAAAUAACGCGAAUUCUUGCUUCUAAGCAUGAAGAAAUCAAACAAAUUCUUUUAGCUAAGAAUGAAGAAAUUCUUUUAUCUAAGAAUAAAGGAACAAAAAUAAGUCUAGAAGACUUAUCACAUAAUACCGAUACAAAUACAUAUAGUUCAUCGGUUUCUUUAGAUACUAUAACCCCAAAUCCCACAUUAUCCCUAAACACUAGUCAUGAUGAAUUAAAUAUAUUUUAUCCUUCUUAUGAAGUAGGUCAUAACUCGAUUCAAAUUUCUGAUAACCCUUUUCCCUAA